AUGGGACCAAGCGGUCAUGGUCUGUUGAAGCAGGCAGAGAACACACUGUCCAGUACCGGCAGUUUCUGGAACCGUCUUACCGGCAGUGAAGAGACGUACCGCUCCGCGGCUGAAGGUUUUAUCCAGGCGGCCGAGCGGUUUCUGCAGGAAGGGUUAUACAUCGAAGCCGGAAAUGCGUUUAAGAAAGGUGCGGAUACCUUUCGGAAUCAUGUGGAAGAUUCCUCGCACUCCACCGGCCCCAAUUACCAGAGAGCGCACGAAGCCUUUAUGCAAGCCUACAAAGGCGGCCAAUCCAGCGAAGUGAACGGAAAUGUCGUCCUUGACCGUGCUAAGGAAUGCGCAACGACCAUGGGAGAGGUAUUCAAGGAGAGAAAGGACUUUUCGAGGUUGACCAAGGCUUACUCAGCACUUGGAGAUCUGUAUCGUGAACAACUGAACGACGUGACUGAGGCUGAGAAAUGGUACCUCAACGCCUUCAACGUGUAUUUUAAACCGAAUCAUAAGGAACCUGAGAAGCCUUUUGUAGACAGUCGAAGUAUUGCCAGCGGGUACCUUAUUCGGAUUGCCGAGAUGUUAGUCGAUCAUGGCGUGGAGCUUUCCGCAAAGCAGGUUGGGAAAAUGGAAACAGGUAACUACUUCAAGCGAGCUGCCUCGGCCUACCAAAUGGCAGCGACGAUUAUUGAGCCCGAACGCGCGGGGUUGGUUAUAGCGAAGCCCCGUUUGUUCAAUUCCGGACUUUGCUCUCUUGCCAUUGGAGAUGCAGCGGAGCUUGGACCUGAGCGUUUUCUAUCUUCUUCAGUAUUCAAUACGACGCUUUUCAACACGGGGCCGCUGGCAACGCUUCUGAGAGAUCUGGCUGCGGCGAUUAGGCAGGACAUCCCCGACUUAGAGCGGUUUGCGGCGUGCGUGGAAUCUUCUGCGAAAGUGACGAGUCUGGACCAUCGGCAAAGAAAUAUACUUUCCGCAGCGAGGAGGGUGACCUGGGGCGAUCAACUUACCGAGGCUGAGCUACAACAGGAAAGAGAGCGGCGGUCCUCGUCUCAACAGUAUGGCCAGUCUCAGCAAUAUGGCCAAUCUCAGCAAUAUGGCCAAUCUCAGCAAUACGGCCAGCCUCAGCAACAUGGCCAGCCUCAGCAAUAUGGCCAGCCUCAGCAAUAUGGCCAGUCUCUACAAGAUCAAAGAAACCAGCAAACGCAGCAUCACCAGCAGAGGCACAUACCGGAUGAGCAGGAGGAGGAUAAUGAGUUUGUCUAA